AUGGGGGGCUUGGAUGGUGAGCAAAAAGAAUUGAUCAAGAAGUUGGUCAACUUUCGCAUGAAAGAAGGUAAAAGAACGAGAGUUCGUGCUAUUCUUUAUCAAACUUUGAAUCGCCCAGCUCAAACUGAACGCGAUGGAAUCAAACUUAUGGUUGAGGCCGUAGAGAAUAUAAAGCCCAUAUGCGAAGUCGAAAAAGUCAGAGUAGCAGCUACUUUUUAUGAUGUCCCUGGGAUUGUAGCCAGGGAUCGUCAACAAACCUUAGCUAUUCGUUGGAUCCUUGAAGCAGCUUUCAAACGACGUAUAAGCUACAGGAUAAGCUUAGAGAAAUGUUCAUUUGAUGAGAUACUGGAUGCUUACCGAAAGAGGGGAAUUGCACGUAAGAAAAGGGAGAAUCUUCAUAGACUGGCUUCCACCAAUCGAAGUUUCGCGCAUUUCAGAUGGUGGUAA